GCUGCCGAGUCAGUCGCAGACUGGAGUGCCCUGUGAGAGCAGGGGACGGACCGAACGAACGAACGAGAACUUGUACUCUAUAUAUCCUGAGCGCGCCCGCCGACGCUUUGCUCGCGCGAAACGAAUGUCCGUCUAUCCGAAUGUCCGUCCCGCAUCUCUCCCGGUGUCGUCGUCUCGAUAUCGCGUCCCAGUGUCGCGUCCCGUGCCAGCUGUUUUCAUGACGUGCCGCGUCAGGAACCGCGAGCCGUUCCGUGUCGUCGCGACAAGAGGAAGAUUCUACGCUAUCGCGGCUCGUCGCUGAUCUCUCGCCAACGUCAAGCAGGAACUCGGAAUUGAAGUGCGCGAUGACGUCUCAUUGAUGAAUCGUGUGAUUGCUGGAGAAAAACGUGCGUCAUGAGGUCGGUCACGGCCGACCAGGACUUUGGCGCAGCCUGAUGCCAGAUCUUCUCGAUGCCGUCGUGCUCCGACUCCGUUUUUCCGUUUAAAGACAUUGUCGCGCGACGUAUAGAGACACAGUGAAGAAGAGAGAAAGAGAGAGAAAGAGAGAGAGAGAGAAAGAGAUAGAGCGAUAGAGGGCGAAAGAGAGAGAGAGAGAGAGAGAAAGAGAGAGUGCAGUGCGUGCAGGUGCGGGAUUGUGCCCCGUUCCGCGUACAUUUGGGGAGAGAAAAGGAGAGAGAGCUGCACGUCGACGCGCGUAAACUCCAGACCAUGUCAGCGUACGCGCAAUUCGGAUACUCGUAUCCGUCGGCGUCCCAGCUCUUAGUGAGUGGCGGGCAGCCGACGACGGCGACGUCGCCGGCAAUGUCAUCGGGGAGCGCGUUAAGUCCUGGGGGCUUGUCGCCCUCGUCGACGGCGACAACGACGACGGGGAUCGGGCCCGCGGGCACCGGCGGCGCCACGACCCCCGUGGGUGGUGCCGCCACCGGGCCCGGUUGCUGCGAAAACGGGAGGCCCAUGAUGACGGACCCCGUGACGGGGCAAACGGUGUGCAGUUGUCAGUACGAUAGCGCCGCGAGAUUGGCGUUGGGCGCUUACCCUCGACUAGGGCCCACCGCGACCUCCUAUUCCUCCUACCCCACGCCGACGCCAUCCACCACCGAUCAGGGGCCUUACUCCAGCAUCGGUAUGGACAGCUCCGCGUUCUACCCGCCAUUGGGUAAUCCGUACGGGCUGAAGGACGCGACGGGGAUGGGCAUGACGGCGGACAUGGGUGCUGCCUGGGGCACGGCCGCCCUUCAACCUGCCGCUACGGGUUACUACCCUUACGAUCCAACCCUGGCCGCCUACGGAUACAGCGCCGGCUACGAUCUGGCCGCACGACGGAAGAAUGCCACGAGAGAAUCGACGGCGACCUUGAAAGCUUGGCUGAACGAGCACAAGAAGAACCCGUAUCCGACGAAAGGCGAGAAGAUUAUGCUGGCUAUCAUCACGAAAAUGACGUUGACUCAAGUCUCUACUUGGUUCGCGAACGCGCGGAGACGUCUCAAAAAGGAGAACAAGAUGACAUGGGAACCGAAGAACAAGACGGACGACGACGACGACGCUGUGCUCUCCGAUUCCGAGGAUAAUAAGGAAAAGGACGAUCUCGCGGCGGAUAACAGAAGCGACCGAGUCGGCGAAGAGGCGAGACGAGGCCUCGAUGAUACCGAGCCAAUGAGGCACGUGAAAGCGGAGCUGCUGCAGCAUGAGAAGGAACUCGAUGACGACGACGAUCUGGAUCUCGAGGACGAUCGUCGACGAAGCGAGCAUCCGUUUCAUCAUGCGAUGCAGCAUCACCACCAUCACCAUCAAGGCUUUGGCGGCGAGGAUCAUCUAAAGGACGAGGGCAUCAAGCCGGAUUGUAGCGCGGGCGUUCCGAUUCCCGCGACGAAACCGAAAAUCUGGUCCCUAGCGGACACCGCAGCGUGCAAAACACCGCCGCCACCCUCGCAUCCCCAUCAUCAGCAGUAUCAUCAUCAACAUCAUCAGCAGCAUUAUCCGCAACAGAACCAAUAUCACAUGCCUCGUCAAGACAUGAUUCAAACUGACACGCGACAUUCGUGGCUCGGUCCGGCAAGUAUGGUGGGAGGCGGUGGCACCGGAAGCGGUGGCGGUGGCACCGGUGGCGGCGGAAACCUGGGGAGUUCGUUCGCUCUACCCUCCUCGGCCGGGAUGAGCCCGUCGGCGGCAGCGACGGCUCCCUUCACAGGCAUGACCGCGAGAUACGGCGGCCUCCUCUCGUCCUCGUCCGGCAGUCAACUCCAUUACAAUCCCAACUCGUCGUCGGGCUCGAGCUCGAGCGCGUCCUCCUCGGCAGCGGCAGCGGCGGGGUUUCCCGAGGUUGGCACGGACACUCCACCUCAGACGCCGCCCAACAUGAAAGUGGCCACGCCGAACGGGGUGAUUCAGGGUCCACCGGGUGGUUACUGUCCUGGUGGCAACGCGACCGGCGCGGCAACUAACGGCAAUCCCAACAAUCCGUACGGCGCGGCGAUUCAUCCCGGUGGCGGCGGCAGCGGUUAUCUGUCGACGAGUUCGGGCUCGGCCAGUAGCGCAUCGUCCUUCAGCUCUCGGCUGCAAAGCUCACCGGUCGGACAUAAUUCCAUUCUUCAUCAGCAUCAAACCACUGCCAGUUUGCCGCCCACGGAGGCCAGCACCGCGUUUAAACCGUUCUACAAAGGUUCGCAAUCAAUGGGUAAUGGCUACGUAUCGCCAGUUUAAGAGCGCCAGCGCAAAGGUCCAGAACGAUGGUCUUUCUGAAGAAUAAAGCGGCGCCGUUGAGGAAGGGUCCUGCGAGGAGGUUCUGCGGCCGGACUGUAAAUACGCGUUCCUGAGUGGUCUCGGGAUUUAUUAGCGUUAUCUCGACCUCGCGGAAAGAGCGAGAGAAAGAAGCGCAAAGCGAGUAAAGCCUGACACAGGAAGGAAGGAAGGUGCUCGACUCUUCGAGAUACAUAAAUCUCGUUCCCCGACCUCUGGAACGCGCGACUAGGAAAAGACGUAUGAGGAGGGAGAGGGCCGGGAGAAGACCGGGAUAGAGGAAGCGGAGGGAGGGAACGGUUGAAGAAGCGCGGGAGUGUGCGAGACGGGAGGAAGCAGCUUAGAGGAGAUUUAGGAAUUAGGAGAAUUACGUCAAAGUGCCUGCUUACGCACGGCUACGUACGGCGAAGCGACACCGCGGCCGGGUAAGAAGAAAGUAUAGGGAGACGCCGGAUUUACGUCCGACGCGCUCUCUUCCCUCUUCGCUGCUUGCGAGAGCGCCGCCAUGCUUUCGAUCGGUGCGACCGACCGAUCUGGUUGACGACGAGAGGAGCGAGGAAUGCGGGAGGAAUGUAUACUCUCUUAAAUGGAAUUGGUGUACUAUAUCACUGAUAAGCUGCAAAUAGCGAAAUUUCACUGAGAAAAAUAUCAAUUAAUGGUUGAUUUUUCAGUGAAAUCUUAUUGCCAGUUAAUUAGUGAGACAAGUUGGAGGAGCAAAACGUGAGUGUUUUCAUUGAAGAUCAGUGAGCAUUUGAAGUAUUAUCAUUUAUAUAUAUCUUUAUUAAAAUUAAUAAAUACAUUUAAUUAAUAAAUUUUGAAACUAAUGUAUUUAUUAAUUCAUUUUAUUAUGAGCAAUAUAUGUUGACAGUUGUUGAAAAUUAAAACAGUAUAUAUAUAUAUUUUCUAUUCUUGUCACUUGAAAUCUUAUCAUUGUCAUCAGUGAUAUUUUCACUGAUCCAUUUUAAGAAAGUAACGAUGCGCGGACGAUUCUUAAUUCGCUUGUAGAAGAACGCUUCCAUUAAGUCACCCAGAUCAGCUGGCCGACGAAUGACCUUUUCGCGAUCAUCCUCGAACAUUCAUUGGCGCAUGUUUUCACAUGUAUAUUCGUGCGCGCGCACACAUAUGCACGCGUGUCUAUUAGACAUGCAUAAUUACGAAUUUGUUUUCUUUUUAAUCAACGGUUUAUUGCCGAUGAUUUAGCGUCUUCUCACGAAGACAAAUUCUGGGAGUAUGCGUAGAGUCAUCGAUUCUGUAAAUAAAGGACGCCUGUCACCGAGAAUAUCGGUGUCACACUAAAGAUCGCAUGCGUGUACAUAUAUAUAUUUCUGACGAAAAGGUGGAUCGUUUAGGAUUCUGCUGCAUCUCGGCGGACAAACGAUCCGCCUCUUCCGCAAUCGCUAAUCAUACGGGCAACGUGCAAAAUAGCACCACUUCUUCGUUACGGAGUAUGUAACGGAAUCUUUCUUGACGAUCGUCGCUCGUAAUUCGGCAGAGAGAUUUCGACGAGACGGAAUCACCAAGUCGCGCGAUAUCAUCGAGAGAGAAAGAGGAACUUUAUCUACCUGUUGUAGGCUUAAGGCGAAAAAAGGAGAGACAGAUUACAUUACAAAGCUACUCUAUCGUUAAACUUACCACUAACUCCUUCAAUUAUCCGAAUGAAAUAUUAACGUAUACCCGAAUACCCGCAUAUAGAGAUGGCAUGAUAAAUAAUACACCUACGCAUUACACACACGGUGACACACGCGCAAGUAUCUCUAGGCCGUAGAUCUUAAGGCUGUACCUACUACAUCACGAAAUUUUAUCGGCGUGAUGCGUCUUAAGAAUCUUGCAGAGAGAAAGACAGAGAGAGAGAGAGAGAGAGAGAGAAAGAGAGAGAGAGAGGAUGCCUCCGCCGUAGAGAGUACAUUGCUACAUUAUAAAUAUGAAUAUAUGGUGGAUCGUACGAAUAAAGUCUGUAUGACGUGACAAGCUUACGCGUGUAGUAAUAUUAUCAGCGGACAAGACACGCGGUGAGAGAGAGAUGGGAUAAUAAUCGUUAAGGAUCAAAUUCGUCCCUUUUCGCGCGACAGCCGUGCACUCGCGCAUCUCAAGAGUCGAAAGAGAGAAAAAGAAAAUCGUAUAUUACUCCUUCCACCUAGAUGUUUUACGAUUGUUGUUUAAUGCUAUAUUUUAUUGUACUCUCUUGCAGUUAUUAAUUUUUUUUUAUUUAGAAACAAUUUUAAGUUUUUGUUGCUUAAUUAGUCGUGUUAACGUGAAGGUUUUACUUUUAAGAAAUAGGGAAGGUUAAUAGUUUGGAAAAAGUUGUACAAAAUAUACACACGAGUCAUCGCGAAUGCGUAGCGUAGAGGGGAGUCGAAAUGCGGCGUGCACGGUGCUCGAAAUUGUUGAUAUUUUUUUAUAUUAUAUGUAUAUUAUAUCGUGCGUCUUUUCGGAGAAUUCGCUAGCGCGAAUUACUGUCGCGUUUUGGAGAAAAAAAAGGAGCAAAAAGAAAAAAAAGAAACAAGUUUAACAAUUUAUUAUUUUGUACCUUGGCGUAAAUGUGAACGAGAAUGAGCGCGCGAGAGUCAUGGUCGACGAUCGAGGAUGUAUCGAAUGCAACAUUGUACAUUGUUUUGUAAAGAAUACAUUUAUUUAUAUCUGUGAUAAAACGGGAGAGUUCAAUGGAGGGGAAGUAAAAGAAGAAGUAGAAGAGGAAACGAUAACACACAUACACAAGGCGUUCGCGGUAUCGGUAUACUUUGACGAGGACGGUCGGUGCUCGUGCAUUCGCUGACACACGUAUAUCAUAGUAUAAUUAUAUAGAUACGAUAAUGUUUUUUUUUGUAAAUAUAAUCAAUAGUAUAAAAAGAGAGAGAAUGAAUGAGUGAGAGAGAGCCGAAGAAAACGAGGGUCGAGUGUACCGUUUUGCGCGAAUGAUAAUUAACGAAGGCGAAGGGUAAAUAAAAUAUAAAUAUUACAUAUAAAUAUAAAUAUAUAAAACGCACGUUUUGUGUACAUUGUCGCACCCUCGUGAGAGAAUCUAUUUGUUGUGAAUAGUACAGGUAUAAUGAGAUACAGAUAUAUACUAGAAUUCUACCAAGUUUUAUUCGCUUGUUCGUACUUCGAUUGUAAAGUAAUUAAACUGUACAUAGUUCUGAAUGUGAAUAUAA